AUGACCAAUGCCUGUGAGAGGAAAGAGAAAAAGGAUGGGCAGAAGAAGAACUUGAACUGGGACAAGGCCUUGGGCAACACUGCAGAAGUCCUGGAGCAAGAGUUGCCUAUUAAAGAGAUCUGUUUCAGGCCCAGUUUCCUGGUCUGUCCAGUGGAUAUUAGUCAUUUCUACCUCACAGGUUCCCGGGACUAUUUAAAGGACAUCGUGUGCAAGGUCCUGGCACUUGAAUGUGACAGUGGGCAUUUUCGCUGUGGAAAUGGGCACUGUAUCCCUGAAGCCUGGAGGUGUGAUGGUACCGGGGACUGUUCGGACGACACAGAUGAAGCUGGCUGCCCUCGUCAGUCCUGCCAGUCGGGUAAUUUCCAGUGUGAGAGUGAAGGAAACUGCAUCCCCCAUAUCUGGGUGUGUGACAAUGAGGAGGACUGCUCGGAUGGCUCAGAUGAACAUCAGCAUUGCCCUGGGAGGACAUGCUCAAGCCAUCAGUUGACGUGCUCCAACGGUGAGUGUGUUCCAAGGGAAUACCUGUGCGACCAUGUCAGAGACUGCUCAGAUGGAACUGACGAGAGAGACUGCCAAUAUCCAGUAUGUGAGCAGCUUACUUGUGCUAAUGGAGCCUGCUAUAACACGAGUCAGAAGUGUGAUUCGAAAGUUGAUUGCAGGGACUCUUCUGAUGAAGCCAACUGCACUGAGACAUGCUUGCGUGACGAAUUUCAGUGUGGCAAUGGAGAGUGUAUCCCUCGCGCCUAUGUCUGUGACCAUGACCACGACUGUGAAGACAGCAGUGAUGAACAUAAUUGCAACUAUCAGACCUGUGGUGGCCACCAGUUCACCUGCCCCAAUGGCCAGUGCAUUCAUCAAAACUGGGUUUGUGACGGACAGGAUGACUGUCAAGGCUUUGCAGAUGAAGAUGGCUGUGAGAGCAAUCGUCGUCAUCAUGUGUGUUACCCAAGAGAAUGGGCUUGCCCAGAGUCUGGACUAUGCAUCUCAAUAUUUCAAGUUUGUGAUGGGAAUUUAGAUUGUCCGGGAGGAGAAGAUGAAAACAGUACCACUAAUAGACACUUUUGUAGUAUGAGCAUGUGCCCUCUCCUAAACUGUGAGUAUCAAUGCCACAAGACACCAUAUGGAGGAGAUUGUUUUUGCCCUCCGUCUUUUAUCAUCAACCAAAAUGACAGUCGCACCUGUGUUGAUUUUGAUGAUUGCCAGAUAUGGGGCAUUUGUGACCAGAAGUGUGAAAACCGAAUGGGCCAUCAUGUGUGCCACUGUGAAGAAGGGUAUAUACUGGAGCGUGGAAACCAUUGCAAAGCUAAUGAUUCCUCUGGUGAGGCCUCCAUUAUCUUCUCUAAUGGUCGGGAUUUGCUAAUUGGUGAUAUUCAAGGAAGAAGCUUCCAGAUUCUGGUGGAGUCUCAAAAUCGUGGAGUGGCCGUGGGUGUGGAUUUUCACCAUCACCUACGGAGAGUUUUUUGGACAGACACCGUUCGAGAUAAGGUUUUUUCAGUUGACAUCAAUGGUUUAAAUAUCCAAGAAGUUCUCAAUGUUUCUGUUGACACUCCAGAAAAUCUGGCUGUGGACUGGAUUAAUAAUAAACUUUAUGUGGUGGAGACCAGGGUUAAUCGCAUAGAUAUGACAGAUUUGGAUGGAAGCCACAGGGUUACCCUUAUAACUGAAAAUUUGGGGCAUCCUAGAGGAAUCGCUCUGGACCCAACUGUUGGUUACCUAUUUUUCUCAGAUUGGGCGAGCCUUUCUGGGGAACCUAAGUUGGAAAGGGCUUUCAUGGAUGGCAGCAUCCGGAAAGACUUGGUGAAGACAAAGCUGGGAUGGCCUGCUGGCAUCACCCUGGAUUUGACAGCCAAGCGUGUGUAUUGGGUGGACUCGCGGUUCGACUACAUUGAAACUGUAACUUAUGAUGGACUUCAAAGGAAGACCGUAGUUCAUGGAGGCUCCAUCAUCCCUCAUCCCUUUGGAAUAAGCUUGUUUGAGGACCAAGUGUUCUUCACUGACUGGACCAAGAUGGCUGUAAUGAAGGCAAACAAGUUCACAGACAGCAGCCCACAGGUGUACCAUCAGUCUUCUCUGAGGCCCUAUGGGGUGACUGUUUACCACGCCCUCAGGCAGCCCACUGCUAGCAACCCAUGUGGAGAUAACAAAGGGGGCUGUGAGCAUGUCUGCGUCCUCAGCCACAGAACCGAUAACGACGGUUUGGGUUACCGUUGCAAGUGCUUAUUUGGCUUUGAGCUGGAUCGGGAUGAGCGCCGCUGUGUUGCUAUUAAGAACUUCUUGAUCUUUUCAUCUGAACUGGCUGUGCGUGGGAUCCCAUUCACCCCCUCCACCCAGGAGGAUGUCAUGGUUCCAGUGACGGGGAAUCCUUCUUUUUUUCUUGGGAUUGAUUUUGAUGCCCAGGAGAGUUCAAUCUUUUUUUCAGAUACAUCAAAAGAUAUGAUUUAUAAGCAAAAGAUUGAUGGCACAGGAAGAGAAAUUCUCACAGCAAAUAGGGUGGAAAAUGUUGAAAGUCUGACUUUUGACUGGAUUUCUAAGAAUCUCUACUGGACAGACCCUUCUUAUCAGACUGUUAGUGUCAUGAAGCUUGCUGAUAAAUCCAGACGGGAAAUCAUUGAGAAUUUAAAUAAUCCCCGGUCAAUUGUGGUUCAUCCUCUUGCUGGGUAUGUAUUCUUCUCUGAUUGGUUCCGUCCUGCAAAAAUUUUGAGAGCAUGGACUGAUGGAUCUCACCUUGAGCCUAUAGUGAAUACCACUCUUGGAUGGCCCAAUGGAUUGGCCAUCGAUUGGGGUGCUUCACGAUUAUACUGGGUAGAUGCCUUUUUUGAUAAAAUUGAGCACAGCACCUUUGAUGGCUUAGAUAGAAGAACUCUGGGCCAUAUCGAGCAGAUGACACAUCCAUUUGGACUUACUGUCUUUAAAGAAGAAACAUACUUUAAAACUGAUAUCAUUGAUAAGAAAUUCUGUGGUCCUAUAGAGAGGUAUGUAUUCUUCUCUGAUUGGUUCCGUCCUGCAAAAAUUUUGAGAGCAUGGACUGAUGGAUCUCACCUUGAGCCUAUAGUGAAUACCACUCUUGGAUGGCCCAAUGGAUUGGCCAUCGAUUGGGGUGCUUCACGAUUAUACUGGGUAGAUGCCUUUUUUGAUAAAAUUGAGCACAGCACCUUUGAUGGCUUAGAUAGAAGAACUCUGGGCCAUAUCGAGCAGAUGACACAUCCAUUUGGACUUACUGUCUUUAAAGGAUCUAACUACUGCAGUCAACCCAGCCACCCCAAUGGCGAUUGCAGCCACUUCUGCUUCCCAGUGCCAAAUUUCCAGCGGGUAUGUGGGUGCCCCUAUGGAAUGAAGCUGACUUCCAAUCACUUGAAUUGCGAGGGAGACCCGGUCCGUGAACCACCCACUGAGCAGUGUGGCUCUUUUUCCUUCUCCUGCAACAAUGGCCGAUGUGUGCCCAGUUACUACCGCUGUGAUGGAGUUGACGACUGUCAUGAUAACAGUGACGAGCAUCUGUGUGGUGCAUCUAAUAACACCUGUUCGCCUACGGCAUUCACCUGUGCUCAUGGAGGAGAGUGCAUCCCUGCACACUGGCGCUGUGACAAGCAAAAUGACUGUGUGGAUGGCAGUGAUGAGCAAAACUGUCCCACCCGCGCACCUGCUUCCUGCUCAGGGUCCUACUUCACCUGUGAUAAUAAUCUUUGUAUCCCAAGGAACUGGGUCUGCGACACAGACAAUGACUGUGGGGAUGGAUCUGACGAGAAGCACUGCCAAACUUCCGGAACAUGCCAACCUAGUCAGUUUCGUUGCCCCAACCAUCGGUGUAUUGACCCGUCUUUUGUCUGUGAUGGGGACAAGGACUGUAUUGAUGGGUCUGAUGAGGUCGACUGUGUAUUAAACUGUACUGCUUCUCAAUUCAAGUGUGCUGAUGGGAGUAAAUGUAUUAGCAACAGUUACCGUUGCGAUGGUGUUUUUGACUGCAGCGAUAACUCUGAUGAGGCAGGCUGUCCAACCAGGCCUCCUGGUAUGUGCCACUCAGAUGAAUUUCAGUGCCAAGGAGAUGGUACCUGCAUUCCAGACACCUGGGAGUGUGAUGGGCAUCCAGACUGCACCCAAGGGUCUGAUGAGCACCGAGGCUGUGUCACCAAAACCUGCUCUCCGUCUCAUUUCCUCUGUAACAACGGAAACUGCAUUUACAAAGAGUGGGUCUGCGACGGGGACAAUGACUGCAGGGAUAUGAGUGAUGAGAAGGACUGCCCUGCUGAGGCCUUUCACUGUCCUAGCUGGCAGUGGGAGUGUCCUGGCUAUAGCAUCUGUGUGAAUCUGAGUGCACUGUGUGAUGACAUCUUUGACUGCCCCAAUGGGACAGAUGAGUCCCCACUUUGCAACGAGGACACCUGCUCGCAUUUCAAUGGUGGUUGUACUCAUGAGUGUAUUCAAGGGCCUUUUGGGGCUAAAUGCAUCUGCCCAUUGGGGUACCAACUUGCCAAUGAUAGUAAAACCUGUGAGGACAUAGAUGAAUGUGACAUUCCAGGCUUUUGUAGCCAACACUGUUACAAUACGAGAGGUUCUUUCCGGUGCUCUUGUGAUAAAGAAUACAUGUUAGAAGAGGACGGGAGGACUUGCAAAGUUACAGCAUCCGAAAGUCUGCUGUUGCUGGUGGCAAGUCAGAACAAAAUUAUUGCUGACAAUAUCACCUCCCAGUUCCACAAUAUCUAUGCAUUGAUCCAGGAUGGUUCUCAUAUUGUAGCUCUUGAUUUUGAUUCAGUCAGUGGUCGUAUCUUUUGGUCUGACUCAAGUCAGGGCAAAACCUGGAGUGCAUUUCAAAAUGGAACAGACAAGAGAGUAGUGCACAACAGCGGCGUCAGCAUGACUGAGUCUAUUGCGGUAGAUUGGAUAGGUCGGAAUCUUUACUGGACAGACUAUGCUCUAGAAACCAUUGAAGUCUCUAAAAUUGAUGGGAGCCACAGGAUGGUACUGAUCAGCAAAAAUGUAACAAAUCCAAGGGGACUUGCAUUAGACCCCAGAAUGAAUGACCAUCUAAUGUUCUGGUCCGACUGGGGCCAUCACCCUCGCAUCGAGCGUGCUAGCAUGGACGGCAGCUUGCGCACGGUCAUUGUCCAGGACAAGAUUUACUGGCCCUGUGGCUUAACUAUUGACUACCCCAACAGACUGCUCUACUUCAUGGAUGCCUAUCUUGAUUACAUAGACUUUUGUGAUUAUAAUGGGCAAAAUCGGAGGCAGGUGGUAGCCAGUGAUUUGGUGCUGCGGCAUCCCUACACCCUGACCCUCUUUGAAGAAUCCGUGUACUGGACGGACCGUGCUACUCGCAAUGUCGUUCAGGCCAACAAAUGGCAUGGGGGAAACCAGUCAAUUAUAAUGUAUAAUAUCUUCCGGCCCCUGGGGAUCGUCGCGGUUCAUCCUGCAAAACAACCAGAUUCUGUGAAUCCGUGUGCCUCUGCCCCCUGCAGCCACCUGUGCCUGCUUUCCUCACAGGGGCCUAAGUUUUACUCCUGUGCUUGUCCUUCGGGGUGGAAUCUCUCCCGGGAUUCUGUGAAUUGUGUGAAAGAUGACCAACCUUUCUUGAUAACUGUAAGAAACCAUGUGAUUUUUGGCAUUUCCCUUAAUCCUGAGGUGAAGAGCAAUGAUGCUAUGGUGCCCAUAGCCGGCAUACACAAUGGUUUUGAAGUUGAAUUUGAUGACUCAGAACAAUUCAUCUAUUGGGUUGAGAAUCCAGGUGAAAUUCACAGAGUGAAGACAGAUGGCACCAAUAGGACGCUGUUCUCUCCUCUGUCUCAGCUGGGGGACUCGAUGAGCUUGGCCUUAGAUUGGUUAUCCAGAAAUAUUUAUUACACAACUCCUGGAAGUCAGUCCAUCGAGGUGUUGACACUCCGGGGAAACACCAGAUACAGAAAAACACUGAUCACCAAUGAUGGCACAGCUCUUGGAGUAGGUGUUCCAAUAGGCAUAACUGUUGAUCCUGCCCGUGGGAAACUGUACUGGUCAGAUCAAGGAACGGACAGUGGGGUUCCUGCCAAGAUUGCAAGUGCUAACAUGGAUGGUACAUCUUUAAAAAUUCUCUUCACUGGGAACCUUGAACACCUGGAGGUUAUCACCCUUGACAUCAAGGAGCAGAAACUCUACUGGGGAGUCACCAGCAGAGGAGUGAUUGAAAGAGGAAAUGUGGACGGUACAGAGCGAAUGAUCCUGGUGCACCAUCUUUCCCACCCAUGGGGAAUUGCAGUCUUUGAUUCCUUCCUAUAUUAUACUGAUGAACAGUAUGAGGUCAUCGAAAGAGUUGACAAGGCCUCUGGGGCCAACAAAGUAGUCUUGAGAGAGAAUGUUCCAAAUCUGAGGGGUCUUCAAGUUUAUCAUAGACGCAACAUUGCUGGAUCCUCAAAUGGCUGUAGCAACAAUGUGAAUGCUUGUCAGCAGAUUUGCCUGCCUGUACCAGGAGGGCUGUUCUCCUGCGCCUGUGCCACUGGAUUUAAACUCAAUCCUGAUAAUCGGACCUGUUCUCCGUAUAACUCUUUCAUUGUUGUUUCGAUGCUGUAUGCAAUCAGAGGCUUUAGCUUGGAAUUGUCAGAUCAUUCAGAGGCCAUGGUGCCAGUGGCCGGCCCAGGGCGAAAUGUGCUACAUGUGGAUGUCCAUGUGGCCUCUGGCUUUAUUUACUGGUGUGAUUAUAGCAGCUCUGUGGCAUCUUACAAUGCAAUCCGUAGAAUCAAACCAGAUGGGUCUUCUUUCACAAACAUCGUUACAUAUGGGAUAGGAGGAAAUGGAAUUCGUGGCAUUGCAGUGGAUUGGGUGGCAGGAAAUCUUUACUUCACCAAUGCCUUUGCGUUUGAAACACUGAUAGAAGUGCUGCGGAUCAAUACCACCUACCGCCGUGUUCUCCUGAAAACCACAGUAGAUAUGCCUAGGCACAUUGUCGUAGACCCCAAGAACAGAUAUCUCUUCUGGGCCGACUAUGGGCAGAAACCGAAGAUUGAACGCUCUUUUCUUGACUGUACCAAUCGAACUGUACUUGUCUCAGAGGGCAUUGUCACACCACGGGGCUUGGCAGUGGACCACAGCAAUGGCUUUAUUUAUUGGGUUGAUGAUUCCUUAGACAUAAUUGCAAGGAUCCCUCUUCACGGAGGGGAAUCUGAAGUGGUUCGUUAUGGCAAUCGAUACCCAACUCCUUAUGGCAUCACUGUUUUUGGAAAUUCUAUCAUAUGGGUAGAUAGGAAUUUGAAAAAAAUCUUCCAAGCCAGCAAGGAACCAGAGAACAAUGAGUCAGUCACAGUAAUAAGAGAUGAUAUCAACUGGCUGAGAGAUGUGACCAUCUUUGAUGAACGUGUCCAGCCCCGGACACCAGCAGAGGUCAACAACAACCCUUGCUUGGAAAAUAAUGGUGGGUGCUCUCAUUUCUGCUUUGCUAUACCUGGUUUGCAUACUCCAAAAUGUGGCUGUGCCUUUGGGACCUUGGAACAUGAUGGCAAGAGCUGUGCCAUUUCAACAGAAAACUUCCUCAUCUUUGCCUUGGAUAAUUCUUUGAGAAGUUUACACUUUGACCCUGAAGACCAUAGUCCACCUUUCCAAAGCAUAAAUGUGGAAAAAAAUGCCAUUGCUGUGGACUAUGACAGCAUAAAUAAUAGAAUCUACUUCACACAAAAUGUAGAUUCUGAACGUGGACAGAUUUCCUAUGUCAGCCUGUAUUCUGGGAUCCAUACUCCAACUGUCGUUGCUUCGGAUGUAGGGAUUGCUGAUGGCAUUGCCUUUGAUUGGAUCAAUAGAAGAAUUUACUACAGUGACUACCACAACCAGACCAUUAGUUCCAUGGCUGAAGAUGGAUCUCAGCGUACCGUGAUAGCCCGCGUUUCAAAACCAAGAGCCAUUGUGUUAGAUCCUUGCAGAGGGUACAUGUAUUGGACUGACUGGGGCACUAAUGCCAAAAUCGAGAGAGCCACACUUGCAGGAAACUUCCGGGUCCCCAUUGUGAACACCAGUCUGGUUUGGCCCAAUGGACUCACUCUGGACUAUGAGACAGACCUUCUGUAUUGGGCGGAUGCUAGUCUGCAGAAGAUUGAGCGCAGCACUCUCACUGGCAUGGCCCGGGAAGUCAUUGUCAGCACAGCCUUUCAUUCUUUCGGCUUGACUCUCUAUGGCCAGUAUAUUUACUGGACAGACUUCUACACAAGAAGAAUUUACCGAGCUAACAAAUAUGAUGGGUCAGAUCUGAUGGCCAUGACUCCAAGUUUGCCUGUUCAGCCUAAGGGUAUUUGCACUGUUAGGAAAAAUGAACAACAGCAGUGUAGCAAUCCUUGUGAUCAGUUUAAUGGAGGCUGCAGCCACAUCUGUGUGCCAGGUCCAAAUGGAGCUGAGUGCCAGUGUCCACAUGAGGGUCAAUGGUAUCUGGCCAAUAAUAAUAAACACUGUAUUGUGGACACUGGGGCCCGGUGUAAUGCAUCCUAUUUCACCUGCUUCACUGGGCACUGCAUCUCAGAGCAGUGGAAAUGUGAUAAUGAGGAUGACUGUGGCGAUGGCAGUGAUGAGCUGGAAAACGUCUGUGCAUUUCACACCUGUCUGCCUACGGCUUUCACCUGUGACAACGGRCGAUGUGUCCAAUAUAGCUAUCGCUGUGAUUUCUACAAUGACUGUGGGGACAACAGUGAUGAGGCCGGGUGUCUGUACAGGAAAUGUGAUAACACCACGGAGUUUACCUGCGGUAAUGGGAGGUGCAUACCCAUCGAGUUUGUCUGCAAUGGCAUAAAUAACUGCCAUGAUAACAGCACUUCAGAUGAGAUAAAUUGCCCUGAUCGCACUUGCCAGUCUGGAUACACAAAAUGUCAGAGUACAAACAUUUGUAUUCCUCGAAUGUACUUGUGUGAUGGCGACAAUGACUGUGGAGAUAUGAGCGAUGAAAACCCUACUUAUUGCACCACUCACACGUGCACCAGUAGUGAGUUCCAGUGCACAUCUCCCCCGCGCUGUAUUCCAUCACACUGGCACUGUGAUGAAGAGAUUGAUUGCCUCGAUGGCUCCGAUGAACCUGCCUCUUGUGCACACCAUGAGCGAACGUGCUCAAGUCAAGAGUUCAAAUGUGAUGGUGGCAGGUGCAUCCCAAAAGAAUGGAUUUGUGAUGGUGACAAUGACUGUGGGGACAUGAGUGAUGAAGAUGAGAGACACCAAUGUGAGGCUCAAAACUGCUCAAGUUCCGAGUUUUUCUGUGUAAAUAGCAGACCUCCAGCCAGGAAAUGCAUUCCCCAGUCCUGGGUCUGUGAUGGUGAUGCGGAUUGUGCUGAUGCCUUUGAUGAGCAUCAGAACUGCACCAGGAGAUCUUGCUCUGGAGAUGAAUUCACCUGCAGUAACGGACUGUGCAUCCGAUCAACAUACAGGUGUGACCGGCGCAAUGACUGUGGUGACUAUAGUGAUGAGAGGGGCUGCUCCUACCCCACCUGCAGUAAGAGUGAGUUUACCUGUCAGAAUGGGCGCUGCAUUAAUGAGGACUUUGUCUGUGAUGAGGAGAACGACUGUGGGGACAACUCUGAUGAGCUGGAGCACCUGUGCCACACCCCAGAAGCCACAUGCCCGCCUCAUCAGUUCAAAUGUGACAAUGGGCGCUGCCUCGAGAUGGUGAAAGUCUGCAACCACCUGGAUGACUGUUCCGACAACAGUGAUGAGAAAGGCUGUGGCAUUAAUGAGUGCCAGGAUCCUUCCAUCAGUGGCUGUGACCACAACUGCACAGAUACCCUCACCAGUUUCUAUUGCUCUUGUCAUCCUGGCUACAAGCUUAUGUCUGACAAGCGGACUUGUGUUGAUGUUGAUGAGUGCAAGGAGACGCCCUAUGUCUGCAGCCAGAAGUGUGAGAACGAGAUAGGCUCCUACAUCUGCAAGUGUGCCCCAGGCUACAUCCGUGAGCCAGAUGGGAAGACCUGCCGGCAGAACAGUAACAUUGAACCCUAUCUCAUUUUUAGCAACCGUUACUACUUGAGAAAUUUAACUGUAGAUGGCUAUUCUUACUCGCUCAUUUUACAAGGACUGGGCAAUGUUGUGGCACUGGAUUUUGACAGAGUAGAAAAGAGAUUGUACUGGAUUGAUAGAGAGAGGCAAGUCAUCGAGAGGAUGUUUCUGAACAAGACAAACAGGGAGACAAUCAUAAGCCACAGACUACCAGCUGCAGAAAGUCUGGCUGUUGACUGGGUUGCCAGGAAGCUUUACUGGGUGGAUGCCCACCUAGAUAGCCUCUUCGUCUCCGACCUGGAAGGUCGAUACCGCCGCACCCUGGCCCAGCACUGUGUGGAUGCCAACAACACCUUCUGCUUUGAUAAUCCCAGAGGAAUUGUCCUUCACCCUCAAUAUGGGCAUGUCUACUGGGCAGACUGGGCUUACCGUGCGUACAUUGGGAGAAUGGGCAUGGAUGGAUCCAAUAAGUCUGUGAUUAUCUCUACCAAGUUAGAGUGGCCCAAUGCCAUCACCAUCGAUUACACCAACGAUCUCCUGUACUGGGCAGAUGCUCACCUGGGUUACAUUGAGUACUCAGAUUUGGAGGGUCGCCAUCGUCACACAGUGUAUGACGGGACGCUGCCUCACCCCUUUGCUAUUACCGUUUUUGAAGACACUAUUUACUGGACAGACUGGAAUACAAGGACAGUUGAAAAGGGAAACAAAUAUGAUGGAUCAGAUAGGAAGGUGCUGGUGAACACCACACACAGGCCCUUUGACAUCCAUGUGUACCAUCCGUACCGGCAGCCGAUCGUGAACAAUCCCUGUGGUACCAACAAUGGUGGCUGCUCUCAUCUCUGCCUCAUCAAGGCAGGAGGAGGAGGAUUCACCUGUCAGUGUCCAGAUGACUUCCAGUCCCUUCAGCUGAGUGGCAGAACCAUCUGCCUGCCCAUGUGCUCCAGCACCCAGUUCCUGUGUGCUAAUGGUGAAAAGUGUAUUCCUAUUUGGUGGAAAUGUGACGGACAGAAAGACUGCACUGACGGUUCUGAUGAAUCUGCUCUGUGCCCACAUCGCUUCUGCCGGCUCGGACAGUUCCAGUGCAAGGAUGGCAACUGCACCAGCCCCCAGUCCUUGUGCAAUGCUCACCGGGAUUGCUCUGAUGGGUCUGACGAAGACCAGGUUCUUUGUGAGAACCACCGGUGCGAAUCCAAUGAAUGGCAGUGUGCCAACAAACGCUGCAUCCCAGAGGCCUGGCAGUGCGACUCAGUGAACGACUGUGGGGAUAACUCGGACGAAGACAGUUCUCACUGUGCCAGCAGGACCUGCAAGCCAGGCCAGUUUAGGUGUGACAAUGGCCGCUGUAUCCCUCAGUCCUGGAAGUGUGAUGUCGAUAAUGACUGUGGAGAUUUUUCUGAUGAGCCCAUCAGUGAAUGCAUGAGCUCUGCCCACAGCUGUGACAACCACACAGAGUUCAGCUGUAAGACGAACUACCGAUGCGUCCCGCAGUGGGCCGUGUGCAACGGGGCGGAUGACUGCAGGGACAACAGUGACGAGCAGGGCUGUGAGGCAAUGACAUGCAAUCCUUUGGGGGAUUUCCGCUGUAAGAAUCACCAGUGCGUCCCUCUUCGCUGGAAAUGUGAUGGGUACAAUGACUGUGGAGACAACUCAGAUGAAGAGAACUGCGCUCCCCGGGAGUGCACAGAGAGCGAGUUUCGAUGCGCGGAUCAGCAUUGCAUUCCUUCUCGAUGGGUUUGUGACCAAGACAAUGACUGUGGGGACAACUCGGAUGAGCGGGACUGUGAGCUGAAGACCUGUCAUCCUGAACAUUUUCAGUGUGCCAGUGGACACUGUAUUCCCAGCCAAUUCAAAUGUGAUGGAAGAGCUGACUGUUUGGAUGCCUCUGAUGAGUCCACUUGCCCAACUCGCUUUCCCAAUGGUACAUACUGCCCAGCUGCCAUGUUCGAAUGCAAAAACCAUGUUUGUAUCCAGUCCUUCUGGACCUGUGACGGCAGUGACGACUGUGGCGAUGGUUCUGAUGAAGAACUUCACCUGUGCUUCAAUGUUCCCUGUGAAACACCCCAUCGUUUCCGGUGUGACAAUAGUCGCUGCAUUUAUGCUCAACAACUGUGCAAUGGUGUGGAUGACUGUGGAGAUGGAACCGAUGAGAAAGAGGAGAACUGCAGAAAACCAACCCCGAAACCUUGUACAGAAAAUGAAUUUAAGUGCAGCAAUGGAAAUUGUAUUUCACAGCAGUAUGUAUGUGAUGAUGUUGAUGAUUGUGGUGACCGUUCGGAUGAAACAGGCUGCAAUAUGGGAAAAGAAAGAACAUGUGCUGAAAAUCUAUGUGAACAGAAUUGUACCCAGUUAAGUGAAGGAGGAUUUAUCUGCUCUUGUAGAACUGGGUUCAAAGCUGGUAUUUUGGACAGAAACUCCUGUCAAGACAUCAACGAAUGUGAGCAAUUUGGGGUCUGUCCCCAGAACUGUCAAAAUACCAAGGGAAGUUAUGAGUGUUUCUGUGCAGACGGCUUCAGGUCGAUGAGUGCCCGCUACGGAGAACGGUGUGCAGCUGACGGUGACCCUCCAUUGUUGCUCCUGCCUGAGAAUGUUCGAAUUCGAAAAUACAAUAUGUCAUCUGAGAAGUUCUCAGAGUACCUUGAAGAGGAGGAACGUAUCCAAACUCUUGAUUAUGACUGGGAUCCCGAGGGCAUAGACCUCAGUGUUGUGUAUUAUACUGUAUUGGCACAGGGCUCUGAGUUUGGUGCUAUCAAACGUGCCUACAUCCCCAACUUUGAAUCCGGCAGCAAUAACCCCGUUCAGGAAGUUGACCUGGGCCUGAAAUACGUAAUGCAGCCAGAUGGACUAGCAGUGGACUGGGUUGGAAGGCAUAUUUACUGGUCUGAUGCCAAGAACCAACGAAUUGAAGUGGCGAAGCUUGAUGGAAGGUACAGAAAGUGGCUGAUUUCCACUCAGUUGGACCAGCCCGCUGCCAUCGUUGUGAAUCCCAAACUAGGGCUCAUGUACUGGACUGACCAGGGGAAAGAAUCUAAAAUCGAGUCCGCCUGGAUGAAUGGGGAGCAUCGCAGCAUCCUGGUUUCCGAGGACCUCGGUUGGCCAACUGGCCUUUCUAUUGACUAUCUGAACAAUGACCGGAUCUAUUGGAGUGACUCCAAGGAGGACGUCAUUGAAACCAUAAACUAUGAUGGAACUGAUAGGAGAACCAUUAUAAAAACAGCAUUGAAGCCUUACAGUCUGGACAUCUUUGAAGAUCAGCUAUACUGGGUAUCUAAGGAUAAAGGAGAAGUGUGGAAACAAAAUAAAUUUGGGAAAGGACAGAAAGAGAAAAUGCUGGUCGUGAACCCUUGGCUCACUCAAGUACGGAUCUUUCAUCAACUGAGAUAUAAUCGAUCAGUGUCCAACCCUUGCAAACAGAUCUGCAGCCACCUCUGUCUACUGAGACCUGGAGGAUACAGCUGUGCCUGUCCCCAAGGGUCCAACUUUAUAACAGGGAGCAACACUAUGUGUGAUGCAGCCAUCGAACCUCCUAUCGCCAUGCCCCCCCCAUGCAGGUGUAUGUUCGGAGGAACUUGCUAUUUUGAUGAGAACAACCUCCCCCAAUGCAAGUGUUCUAGUGGCUACACAGGAACUCAUUGUCAAAUUGGGCUUUCGAAAGGCAUCCCUCCAGGAACAACAGCAAUGGCUGCGCUGUUGACAAUCCUCCUGAUCAUCAUAAUUGGAGCUCUGGCAAUUGUAGGAUUUUUCCACUAUAGGAAAACUGGCUCCCUUUUGCCUGCCCUGCCCAAGCUGCCAAGCUUAAGCAGUCUUGUCAAACCCUCUGAAAAUGGAAAUGGGGUGACCUUCAGAUCAGGGGCAGAUGUGAACAUGGAUAUUGGAGUAUCUGAUUUUGGCCCUGAGUCUAUUAUUGACAGAUCAAUGGCAUUGGAUGAACAAUUUGCCAUGGAAAUGGGGAAGCAGCCUGUAAUAUUUGAAAACCCAAUGUACGCAGCCAGAGACGGUGCCGUCCAAGUGGUCCUGCCAUCCCAGAUGACAAUGUCUGGAAAUGUGGAUAAUAAGAAUUAUGGAAGUUCCAUAAACCCUUCUGAGAUAGAGCCAAAACCAACCUCCCCGGAUGCUGAUGGAACUCAGGCUACAAAAUGGAAUAUCUUCAAACGAAAGCCAAAACAAACUACCAACUUUGAAAAUCCGAUCUACGCAGAGAUGGACCCGGAGCAGAAGGAAAGCGUGGCCGUGGCCCCACCUCCAUCUCCUUCUCUCCCUACCAAGACUUCCCCGAAAAAAGACCCAAGUCCAGGCUACACUGCAACAGAGGACACUUUUAAAGACACGGCAAAUCUUGUGAAAGAAGAUUCUGAGGUAUAG